CACCCACCACCAUAUAUUUGCCGGAUUCGUAACGGUUAUGUAUUCUCUCUCUCUCUCUCACGCAGCACACACAAACUCACACACACGAUAACCUGAAUUAAGCUGGUAGUAGGGAUUUGACAGUGUAAAAAUGGUAACCGCCGUCGCGUCCACCCCCACCCAGCAGCCGCCGCAGAACGGCAGGCGGCCUGUGUUGCUUCCCUCUGAUCCCGGCAAUGUGCAUCCUCGCCGACCCAAAGCCCGCGAAAUCACCUCCCGCUACUUGUCCCUCUCGACCUCCUCCUCCGCGUCUUCUUCCUCAACAUCCACGACCUCGUCCUCCGUGAAAUCCGGGCCAUCAAUUUCCUCCAUAAGGUCUCAGUCUCCGAUACUCGGGUGCAGGACCGCAACCACCACCCCCAGGAGCCAACAGCGCGCGGUGUCCGCCGAGAGACGCCGUUCGCCGCUGUCCAGCGCGGAGAAGAUGUUGGUGACGCCGGCGCGGAGCCUCUCUGUCUCGUUUCAGGGGGAAUCGUGCGUGUUGACGGCGAGUAAGGUGAAGCCGCCUCCCACGGCGGCGGUGGCUGAAGCUUUGGUAGGUCUGAGAAAAGCUACCCCGGAGAGGAGGAAAUUGGGGAUAACGACGCCCGCGGUAGAUUGUGGAGAGAAGAAUAGGGAGAAUUCCAAGCCGACUGGCCAGCAACAACUUCAGCAACUUCGCUGGCCAGGAAGAUUACGUGUGGAGAAUUCGAGUUUGUUGGCCCGGAGUUUGGAUCACGGUUCAGAGAAAGCGAAAUUGAGUGGAUCAGGGUCUGUUCUCCGGGAGCUGAGGAAGUCUGUUACUGAAUUGAAGCUUAAGAAUGACAUUGAAGAGACUCGAGGAACAAGUGAGGUUGGAAAAGGACAGAGAUUACAGAAGCCGUUGAAUUCAGAUGUUGGGAGUAUACACACAAUUCAACUGGGUAAAAGGGUACAUAAAGCACCAGAACCCGCUUCACCUUUGUCAAAUGGAACAUUAGGUCCUUCAAAAUUCACUCUGCAGAAGAAAUUUUCAAAUAACAGUCCUGUAUCUUCCCCUCGAGAAGUUUACCCCUCUUGGGGAUUAUCACCUGUUCGAACAAGUGUAAGAGCGGCUUCCCCAUGCAGGGCCUUGAGUUCAUCAAGUGGUGCUGUUUUGAGGGGUAUUGUUAGUCCAUCAAGGGUUAGAAGCAAAACAGGGAGUUCGAUGAAUGGUGAUAAGACGUGCUGCAUGCCAUCUGCAUUAAGCUAUGCCACUGAUGUUAGGAGAGGGAAGUUGGGAGAGAACCGAACAGCGGAUGCACGCGAGUUGAUGCUACUCUAUAAUCGGCUUUUGCAGUGGAGGUUAGCAAAUGCAAAGGCCGAGAAUACCAUGAUGGUGCAAAGAUACACGGCAGAGAGAAGCCUCUAUGAUGCUUGGAUGACUACCUUUGAAUUGCGACAUUCGGUUAUCUCCAAACAAAUUGAGUUGCAAUUGCUGAGACAUAGUCACAAACUUUAUUCUAUACUGAAGAAACAAGAGCCACAUUUGGAAAACUGGAGUCUGCUGGAUCAGGAUCACCACAAGUCAGUCUCUGAUGCUAUUAAAGCUUUGGAAGCUAGCACUAUUCAUCUUCCUGUUGUUUGUGGGGCAAGAGCUGAAGUUCUUAAGGUGCAAGAAGCAAUAACUUCAGCUGUUGACGUGAUGCAAGCCAUGGCAUCUUCAGUUUGCUCUUUGCUAGUGAAGAUGGAGCAGAUGAGCUUACUGGUUUCUGAACUGAGUAAAUUAAGUGCUCAGGAGCAUUGUUUGCUUGAGGAAUACAGAGAUUUGUUUUCGAGAACAUUCAUACCCAUGCAGGUGACUGAGUGUAGCCUGAGGAGCCAUAUAUUGCAAGCUGACGACAAGAAGCUUGGAAAAGAAAGUCCGACAGCCUGAUUUCUGAUUUUGUUUUACUGCUAACAUAAGAUAAAGUGACGAACUCACAAUCGUGUAUGUCCCGGAGAUGGUCGGAAAUUGUAUCUCAAUGAGUUUUUUAGGAGCAUAUGAAAAAUAUAAGUCAUAUUCGGGAAUUUUUGGUUGUAAUUUUCAUUGUUGGGUUGUAGACACCUAAUCCACAUGAGAUUCAGAUAUAUGUAUGUAGAGCCCCUCUUCUUAUAUUUUGAAAACG